GAGCACCAUAAAACAAUUAGGUAGGUGGUAAUUACCAGUCUAAUGAGCUAUCAGGUUGAAUCCUAAAAGCAUCAAGAUUCUUUCACAUCUAACUGCUGCAGUGUUCAUCCUCUGGGGUAUUCACUCGGACAAAACAUUUCCUUUCCCGCAAGACCAACAGAAAUUUGAUGGGAGAAGAUAUAGCCUGUGUGCAACUGCCCAGUGCUCUCACAGCCUGACCUGUGAUUGUGCAGAAACGCCCCAAAAAGCAGCUUUAUUUGGGGAGAGACAGGCUGCUCAGAGCUUCUGAGGACGUGGAGACCCCACACCUCCUCAUCGGAGAAGACUGUGGCAAGGAGAGCUCAGACGCACAGGCAGCCGGGGACCACAUCCCACCUUCCACCAUGGAGCUGAAUCAGACAUCCCCACCUCCCACAUCUGCCGUGACGGACACCGAAGAAGACAAACAGUGCUGGAUAGACAUCACCGACGUGGCCAUAGAUGGUGUCACCCUGCUCAUUGGCCUCUGUGGGCUGGUGGGGAAUGGGGCUGUCCUCUGGCUCCUCGGCUUCCACAUCCGCAGGAACCCCAUCACCGUCUACAUCCUCAACCUGGCCGUAGCUGAUUUCACCUUCCUCCUCUUUGCCAUCACCUCAUCCCUCCUCUACGUGGUGAACAAUGCUUCUUGCUCUGCUGUCGUGUCCCUGAGGUACCUGAGGUCGUUCCUCCUGCUGUCACUGUUCUCCUACAACAUGGGGCUGUACCUGCUGACGGCCAUCAGCAUUGAGAGGUGUGGGUCCAUCCUCUGCCCGCUCUGGUACCGCUGCCACCGCCCCCAGCACCUGUCAGGGGUGAUGUGUGCCCUGCUCUGGGUCCUCUCUGUCGCUGUCAUUG